GGGGCAGGGUUGCUACUCCCGCCGCCGGGGCCCACGGGCCGCUCUGCACACUCCUGUCAGCAGCGCGCGCGGCCCAUCCGGGACGGGCCUCCGGGAGUGGCGCCGCCUUGCGCUUCGCCGCCUGGCUCCUCCGGCGGCCCUGCUCGGUGGCAGGAUGUGCUCGGCUGGGGAGGUGCUUGGAGACUGCGGCGGCGGGGGGCCAGGCAGCGAGGAUGUGGAGGCGCUGGCCGAGCAGGCGGCGGCGGGGACCGAGUGGGAGCUCCGGGCGAGCCCGCGGCGGCGUGGACAGCAGACCCAAGAGGAGCGCGAGCAGGAAUUUAAAGAAUUACAAGACCAUUCUGGCAAUCCUGUUGGAGAUGACUACAAAAAGAUGGGAACACUUUUUGGUGAAUUGAACAAAAGCCUCAUCAACAUGGGCUUUAUAAGGAUAUCUUUUGGAGAACAAAUUGUAGAACCAGUGAUGGUCAUUUUCUUUUGGGUUAUGCUGUGGUUCCUUGGCCUACAAGCUUUUGGACUAGUUGCUGUUCUUUGCCUUGUCAUUAUUAAUGUACAACAUUAAAAUAUGGUGGAGUGAGCUGUUGGUUGAUGUUUGGUAGCCAUAUAUGUAAUUGGUGAAGUUAUAUAUUUUACUACAUGAAAGCUGAAAAUUUUGCCUUGUUUCAAAUUGUGUUAGUUUGUAAUUACGUUUAUAAGUGGAUGUUGUUUAAAAUUAAACUCAACUCUUGAUUUUAUCAGGGUUGAAUAUGCAUCUUGUAGCUUAGUUCAAAACUCUUGUUUUACUACUGUGAUCUGUACCUACUUUUAAACACCCCUAUUCCUAUGCCAAAUUUUAAAUAAUACCACCAAGUGAGCAGGGAAAAUAAUAGGAUAUGCAGUUCAAAUUGGGCAAUACAGGUCUUAUAAAGAGCUCCAGAAGAAAAAUUUUGAAACAAUGAGCCUAAAAAUAAGUUUUACUUGGGGAAUUGUUCUCCAUCCACUGCUACCAAGUAACCAAUAUUAUUUGGGAAAUAAUUUGGAUUUCUGUUAUCUCUGCUCAUCCCAAACCAAUGUAAAUGAUAAUUACUAUACAUUACCUUAAUAUUUUGAUGAAAAUCAGCAAAGUUAGCACAUCUUCUAAA